UCUCAGCUAUUGCUUCAACUGAUAAGAGUACCAUCUCUUUUGCCAUGAUCUCUGCGCAGCAGCCACCGUUGCCCAGCAAAAUUCAAAGAGUAAUGGACUGCCAAACGGAGGAAGAAGAAACUUGUGAAGAGCAGCAUGACCCUGAAAACUGCACUUGCAGCUCCAAGCGUGCAUCAUCAACAGCAGAAUCCAACUCAGAUUCACCAGUAACUCUUAAACUACUACAGAAUUGGGUUCCUAGAGUUUCGCACUACUUUGAUAAAGAGCACUACACAUACGCCGGCCACCAGAUCGUCAUUCAGGAGUCCAUAGAACACUUUGGAGCCGUGGUAUGGCCAGGGGCACUGGCUUUAUCUCAAUAUCUGGAAUCAAAUCAAGAACAAUUCAACCUCAAAGACAAAAAAGUUUUGGAAAUUGGUGCUGGAACAGGCUUGGUUUCCAUUGUGGCCUGUAUCUUAGGAGCUUACGUUACAGCUACUGAUUUGCCUGAAGUUCUUGAAAAUCUCUCAUAUAAUAUUUCAAGAAAUACACAAAACAUGAAUUUGCACAAACCUGAAGUGAGAAAACUGGUAUGGGGAGAAGGCCUCAAUGAAGACUUUCCUGUAUCAACUUACCAUUAUGAUUUCAUGCUGGCAACUGAUGUCGUGUACCAUCACACAGCUUUGGACUCCCUGCUAGCAACAAUGGUGUAUUUUUGUAAGCCAGGAACAGUAUUACUAUGGGCAAAUAAAUUCAGAUUCACUACAGACUAUGAAUUUUUGGAAAAACUUUGCAAUGUAUUUAACACAACCAUUCUAGCAGAAUUUCCAGAAUCAAAUGUCAAGCUGCUUAAAGCCACAGUAAGAGAGAAUUAA